GUAUACUUUAGGAACCUUGACCUCUGUGGAGCUCAGUUUGACAAAAUAACGUCAAACACUGAUUAGUUGUUAAAAAUAAACUUUCUGUUAAGUGUUAAGAGUUCGGUUCAUCAUAUCUCCCCUUCAUUAUCAGAUUAUUUAUACGUAAAUAAAUUAAUAGGAUACUUACGAUUUGAGGUUACGCUUAAUGAAUACUUGUCUUUAUCUAUGCUUAAUGAGUCUAGCAACAGGAACUAGAGCAAUGUUAGGAUUUUGUGCAAAUCUGUCUUUUCUGUUUAAAGAAAAACCAUUUCUGGAAAGAUAUGCUGCGGCUGCAGACGCUGGAUUUCGGGCAGUUGAAACUGGAUUUCCCUUUGGGUUUUCCAAGGAGGACGUUGUGAAGGCUAAAAUAUCGGCUGGUAUUGAACAAGUACUUAUCAACUCUUUAACAGGAGAUGUAACCAAAGGAGAACUGGGAUAUGCUGCCGUUGAAGGUAAGAAGGAUGAGUUCAGAAAAUCUAUCUUGACCACUAUUGAUUACGCUAAAGCUGUUGGAGCCAAAAAGAUUCAUAUCAUGUCUGGAGUCGUGCAAAAUCCCACGAGUAAAAACGACCAAACUUUAGUAGAAAAUCUAAAAUUUGCUGCGGAACUGCUCCAACAAGAAAACAUUUUAGGCGUGAUUGAGCCAAUAAACAAUUAUUCGAUUCCAAACUAUUAUUUGAAUUCCUAUGAAAAGGCAAUUGAAGUGAUUAAAGCGGUCGACAGUGCAUAUUUGAAGCUGCAGUUGGAUAUUUUUCACUUGCAAUUAAUCAAAGGAGAUAUCACGCAUACGAUUGAAAAAGUGAAACCAUAUAUUGGUCAUAUUCAAAUCGCACAAGCUCCAGGCCGGAACGAACCUGAUACACCUGGCGAAAUAAAUUAUAAUUAUGUGCUCGAUAAGAUCCAGAAAGAUGCAGGAUAUGCUGAUUGGAUUGGGCUGGAAUAUAUUCCAUUAAAUGAUACAGUUGAGGGGCUGAAAUGGGUGAAAAAUUAUGGGUAUAGUUUGUAAGCGUUGUUUUGUAUCAUUCUUCUUUACUUAAAUAAAGAUAUUUGAAUUUUA